CUCGUUGAGUAAGUGUCAAAGUAAAAAAGAAGCAAUGGCCCGUACAAAGCAAACACCACGUAAACAAUUGGCAACCAAAGCCGCUCGUAAAAGCUCACCAGCCACCGGAGGUGUGAAGAAACCACAUCGUUAUCGCCCAGGAACAGUCGCUCUCCGUGGAAUCCGUCGUUACAAGAAAUCUACAGAAUUGUUGAUCCGCAAGUUGCCAUUCCAACGCGAUUUCCGUUUCCAGAGCUCAGCUUGUCCCAUCGCCAAAAUGAAAAUCACGGAUAUGAAUAUUGACUGUCUCGAAGAAUGUUUUGAGUAUUUGGAAUUUGGUGAUCUUCUGAAUGUGGCCUAUGCAAAUAAAAAACUGCGUAAAGCGGCUAAGUUUUUUUACCUGCGGAAGUAUGGCGAAUUUACCGUAUCUUUUAGUGUAUUUAGAAGAAAACCUUUUCUACCUUUUAAGGUACAUUUAAACUAUAGACGUAUAGAUAUACAGGAAUUGAAAUCUGCACUUCAACUUUUACACUGUUUUGGUCACUUGAUCAAAUAUGUGUGGUUUACUUCUUCAGUGCUCAAUGAUUUACUGCUCAAUUACCUCAAUGAAUAUUGUGCUGAGUCGUUAGUCACGUUCGAAUUUUACAUGGCUAACAAACGAAAAAACGAACUUGGACCACUCACAAAGACAUUCACAAAAGUUCAAAGAGUUGUAUUCGUUAAUAGUUAUUUAUUCGACAGUGGCUGGCUCGAAAGGACUUUCCCGAAUGUAAAAUAUUUUAAAUGUUGCAUUGGAUAUGGGAGUCAGGAGAAUCACAAUGAGAAUGAAAUGGCCAUUCAUAACAUUAGUUGUGUGGUGGGUCAUUUUCCUGAAUUGGAACGAUUUAAGUUUGAUUAUCACGUGAAACGUUUAUUAGACUCAACAAAGGACGAGAUGGCAGCCAUUUUACGCUUGAAUCCACAGCUUAAAAGACUAUAUCUUGGUGCGAAUGCGGCUGACACUGACAGAGAACCUUUUUUUGAUUUUGAAACAUUUCGUAAUUUAAUCGAACCAAUGCAAAAUCUUGAAGAACUCACAUUGUCGGGUAAUUUUGUAUUAUUUUCCAAUUCUAAUGGCAACAAAAUUCAUUUGAAAAACAUUAAAAAGUUCGGACAUCUUGGUGAAAAAUUAAACUUAGAAAUGCCAUUUUUGUUUGAUCAAGUUGAAUAUUUUUGUAUAGGAAGUCAAAUGACGGAAGAUGUUUAUGACUUCAUCGAAAAACAUCCAACCAUUAAGUGGUUAAGUUUCAAGGAAUCAUCUUCAAAUUUUAACGUCACACGACUAAUGAACGCAAUACCAUUACUAACGGAAAUCGAAGUUUUUUCUGACAUAUCAGUUGAUGAUGUACUUCGUUUGGUGUCCAGUUUCAAAUCACUUAGAAAAAUUGCUCUAUUGAAAUAUUACGCCAACAAAAACUGGCGCAAAGAAUUACGAGAACACCUGGGAGAUGAAUGGCAAAUACCAGAUAAAACAUCUACUGUUUGUGGUUUUAAUCAAAGAGUAUUGUUCUUUUUAAUGAGUAAAUCUUUUUAAUAAAUAACUUUAAUGAACUAA